AUGUUUGCCGACGAGAAUUUCUUCUCCACUUCAACGGGUUCAGAUUUUCUUUCUUCUGAGCCUCGUAAGAGUGUGGGGGGCCCCCAGGGGGCCCCCCAUGGGGGCCCCCAGGGGGGCCCCCUGGGUGUUUCAACGCAUGCGUUUGGGGUUUCAGGGUUUGGAGUGUCUGAUGAGUUUGGGGUUUCUGGCGAGGGUUUAUCACAAACCCUCGGCUCACAGAAAGGGUCUCAGGGAGCAGCAGCAGCAGCAGCAGCAGCAGCAGCAGGAGCAGCAGCAGGAGGGGGAGGAGCUGCACAUACACCUGACGGGUGUAUAUGCUGCACCAUAGGAAUGAUAAAGAAAGCAGCAAAAGGUGGAGCUGCACAUACACCUGACGGGUGUAUAUGCAGCACCAUAGGAAUGAUAAAGAAAGCAGCAAAAGAAAGAGCUGGGGGUGGGGGCCCCCUGCUGCUGCAUGGGAGAGAGGUGGGGUUGGUGUGUGUUUGUGGUGUUUCUGCUGCUCUUGAGGUUCGUUCUUCUUUAUUUAAAUUCAGCGUAGAGGAUACCACCAGUUCUAUUGAAGUCGAAUGUGCUAACAAAGCUGUGCUGCAGCAGCUGCAGCAGCAGCAGCAGCAGCAGCAGCAGCAGCAGCAAGAAGAAGACGCAGAAGAAGACGCAACCGCUUCCACCUCCAGCAGCAGCAACAACAGCAACAGCAGCAGCAGCAGCAGCAGCAGCAGCAGCAGCACUGAGCUUCUAUGUAAGGCGUUAAGAGAAGGGGGUUUAGUAUCUGUAUAUGGAUAUGUAUGUACAGAUGAUAAAGGAGAAGUACAACAACAGCAACAGCAACAGCAGCAGCAGCAGCAGCAGCAGCAGCAGCAGCACUGA